CGGCCGUGGCAGCUGCACGGCUCCUGGCCCUGGAGCAUGCGCGAGAGCCGCCCCGGAGACCCUAGCCGCUCCGCUUGCGGCGCCCCGCGCCCCGCCGCCAGCGCACCCCCGGACGCUAUGGCCCACCCCUCCGGCCGGCCCCGCGUGUAGGAUGGUAGCACACAACCAGGUGGCAGCCGACAAUGCAAUCUCCACGGCAGCAGAGCCCCGACGGCGGCCAGAGUCUUCCUCCUCCUCCUCCUCUUCUUCCUCCUCCUCGCCCGCUGCCCCGGCGCGCCCGCGGCCCUGCCCGGCUGCCCCGGCUCCGACCCCGGGCGACACGCACUUCCGCACGUUCCGCUCGCACGCCGAGUACCGGCGCAUCACCCGGGCCAGCGCGCUCCUGGACGCCUGCGGCUUCUACUGGGGACCCCUGAGCGUGCACGGGGCGCACGAGCGGCUGCGCGCCGAGCCCGUGGGCACCUUUCUGGUGCGCGACAGCCGCCAGCGGAACUGCUUUUUCGCCCUCAGCGUGAAGAUGGCCUCGGGCCCCACGAGCAUCCGCGUGCACUUCCAGGCCGGCCGCUUCCACCUGGACGGCAGCCGCGAGAGCUUCGACUGCCUCUUCGAGCUGCUGGAGCACUACGUGGCGGCGCCGCCCCGCAUGCUGGGGGCCCCGCUGCGCCAGCGCCGCGUGCGGCCGCUUCAGGAGCUGUGCCGCCAGCGCAUUGUGGCCACCGUGGGCCGCGAGAACCUGGCGCGCAUCCCCCUCAACCCCGUCCUCCGGGACUACUUGAGCUCCUUCCCCUUCCAGAUCUGACCGGCCGCGCACGCAGCAUUAACUGGGGCGCCUUAUUAUUUUCUAUUAUUAUUAUUUCCCUGGAACCACGUGGGUGCUCUCCCCGCCUGGGUUGGAGGGAGAGGGCGUAGGGGGCGAGGCGCCUUCUGCCCUGGGUUGGAAACAAGGCCGCAGACCCCUCCCCACCUCUUGUGGGGGUGCCCCCUCCCGGUGCUCCCUCUGGGUCCCCCUGGUUGUUGUAGCAGCUUAACUUAAUUGUAUCUGGGGCCAGGACCUGAACUCGUACCUCCUACCUCUUCAUGUUUACAUAUACCCAGUAUCUUUGCACAAACCAGGGGUUGGGGGAGGGUCUCUGGCUUUAUUUUUCUGCUGUGCAGAAUCCUAUUUUAUAUUUUUUACCACCAGU